GACCACUUAGCGGGUAGCUUAAAAUAUUUUCAAGGUGGGAUUAUUGCAAUUUUCUGUUAGUCUGUCAUGUCGUAGUGGAUCAAAGCUUAUCUAUUUCUGCCUAUGUCAUAUUCCUUCGAUGCAAUAGAAGGUCGAUACCAAUCUUUUCAUUCAGAACCAUGUUCACUAGAGAAGCAAAUACAAAUGAGUCAAUUCGGUGUCGGUAGUGCUGCCAUUCGUUUAUCUUUCCUUGAUUUCUCAUGUAAUAAUAUAACUUCUCACAUAUCAACUGAUACAAAUUAUGAUGGUAGCAUAUUUUGUAUAAAUAUUGGAAAUGAAAUACGUAUAUAUUCACAAGAGAAUAAUAAUUCAUCAACUGAACGUAGAUUUUGUAGUGGAUCACCUGCUCAUAUAAGAUUUAGAUCAACAUUAACAUCACAUUGUUUUAGACAGAUUACAGAUAAAGUUAAAGAUACACAAUUAUUGAUUGGUUUAGCUAAUGGUGAAAUUAAAUUAAUUGAUCCAUUAAAAGAAGAUCCUAAUAAAGUAUUCAAUGAAGCAAAGUCUAUCGAUGAGACAUCUGUAACGUGUAUCAGUUGGGUACCACAUUCACCUCAUCAAUUUUUAGUCAGUCAUUCAAGUGGUUGUAUGUAUUUAUAUGAUGAAACAUUAGCACAAUUAUCAACUCCAACAUAUAAUCUAUUUAAACAAGGUAUUGGAUUUUCAGUGUAUACAUGUAAAACAAAAUCAACAAGAAAUCCAUUAUAUCGUUGGACACUUGGAAGUUCUAAUAAUAAUAAUAAUAAUACAUCAAAAUUUGAUAAUUCUAAAUCAAUAUCUAAACAUACAGAUUAUAUAAAUGGAUAUAUACAGAAUAAAAUGUAUGAAACACGUAAUACUAAUUCAUUCAAUUAUGAUUCAUCAUCAAUGAUCAAUUCAUUAUUUGAUGAUAAUAAUGUUUCUAUUAAUCAUUUUGCAUUCUCUCCAUGUGGUCGUUUUCUUGCUAUUGUUACAGAAGAUGGUUAUAUGAGAGUGAUGGAAUAUCAUGAGAUGGAGUUAUAUGGUUUUAUGCGCUCUUAUUUCGGUGGUUUACUCUGUGUAGAUUGGUCACCUGAUAGUCUAUUCAUUGUUACUGGUGGACAAGAUGAUUUAAUAACAAUUUGGUCUGUAUUGCAUAGAGCUGUUAUAUGUCGUGGUCAAGGUCAUAAAUCAUGGGUUAGUAUGGUACGUUUUGAUCCAUACCUUUGUCCUAAUACUGAUAUGCCACCGCCAUCAUCCUCAUCAUUAUCAUCAUCAUCAGUUUGUAUAAAUCAUGAAGAAUUGACAGAAAAUUCAAUGAUUAUUAGAAAUUCACCUGUUACACUAUGCGAUAAUGGUGAUCUUCGAAGUUAUCGGCUUGGUUCAGUAGCACAUGAUACAAUGUUAUGCUUAUGGGAAUUAACUGAUGAUAUUAUACGUCAAGGUGUUGAAUUCAUUCAAUCAUCAACUAUAAUGAAGAAACAUUUACAUAAUCUUAAUUAUAAUACAACAUGUUAUUCACAUGGAAAAAAUUCAUCUUGUCUACAAAAUUCAUUCAAUGAAAUAUUUACUAGUUAUAGUAAUAAUAUUAUAUCAAACUGUAAUAUAUCUCCUAUUGUUACUGAUACUAUUGUUACUGUCUUAUCAUCGAAUAAUAAUAAUGAUUCAAUAACUUCUACAAUUAUUCCCUCUUCAUAUAUUCAUUCUACUACUACUACUACUACUACUAAUCGAUUUUCUAUGAAAUUAUUAAAUGAUAAUCGAUAUAUUAAUAAUAAACGAAAAAAUACUCUUAUGAAUAAUUCUACAUCAUCGUCAUUACCAUCAGCACCACCAUCAACAUCAGUAUCAUCUACUUCUUCUUCUUCGUCGUCGUCAGCAUCAUCAUCAUCAUCAUCAGCAUCAACUGGUCCUCCAUUGAAUAAUGAAUCUAUGGAUAAGUGUAAUAAAUCAAUAUUUUCUAUAUCACGGGGUUUUCAUUUUGCUUAUACAAAUUCAAGUAAUCGAAUUGUACGAUUUCCACGUAUUGGGAUGAAUAAUAGUAUCACUAUCGGUAGUGCUAGUGGUGGUGGCGGUGGCGGUGGCGGUGGCGGUGGUGGUACAGACAAGUUGAAUACAUCUACAAUGAAUUCGAUUAAAACGUGUAGUUUAAAUCGUUUAAAUGAAGUUAAAUGGAUGUUAUCAGUCAGUGAAAAUAAUAUUUUUGGUUCUCCUCUCUGUCCUCGAAUCAAUGAUGUUCCAAUGCUUGAACCACUUGUAUGUACACGAAUAUUAAAGGAUAGAGUUACUGAUCUUGUUUUUCGACGUGAUACAAUUCAUAUAGUUGAUCAACAAGGAUUAUUUUUAGCUUGGCAAAGACCUAUGGAAGUGAAAGAGAAUAAUGGACCGAGUUUUCGAAUCCCUGUAUGCCAGCAGUCAAGUGAGUGAUUCGAAUUUAUUUGCCUCCUCAAUAUAACUAAUAAAAUAUAAUUCCAUGUAUUCUGUACUAUUUGUAUAACAAGAUGAUGAGUCUCUGUGAAACAAACACUGUGAUACAUACAUGCAUGCAUACAUACACACAUAUAUGUAUUCUUUAUAUACAUUAACAUUUUGAUGGAUUGUAACUCUCUUCCAUUUGAAGAGGAGGAUUUUCUCUGUCGGUUGGCGUUAUAUUCCUCUGUGUGUGUGUGUGUGUGUGUGUGAAGCAGCCAACUCACUCCCCUAACUACACACAUUUGUUCACUCACUCACUCACUCACUCUUUCCCUAACUACAUACACUUAUUCACUCACCCCCUAACUACACACACUUGUUCACUCACUCACUCACUCCCCCUCUCCCUCUCUGUUUCGCACCCCCCUAACUACACACACUUGUUCACUCA